CGUGAAUGUCGGGUCUGGCAGGCCGAGCCACAUUCUUCAAUCGUCAUGGCCGCAAAUAGAUCGAGUGGGUUGAUACUGCACGGCAGCCACCGCCUCAUUGACCGAUGUUGGGGGAAACCUAAACGCGCCAACUCUAUUGCUCCUACUCUGGUUCAAUUCAAAUAUUGAAAUAUUCUCAGGCAAGCCUCUCCUUGUGAUGAUGCGAUGACAACCCUCCGGAAAGCACCUGGAUGGAAUACUCCCUCCUUUCUUCAAGUCGACAAAAGACAAAAGACACACCAACCAAGCAGCAACCCACUAACCGGUGAGAUCGCGUCGGCAAAAUCAAACAACCCAUCAUGAAAGCCCAUUCAGCGAAAGGAAGUCUCCAUCUGCCAGAAUUCACGACGGCCGAAGUCAAGGUGAAACAGGAAGAUGACUCUUUGCCUGCAGUGAACCAAGAAAGCCUAAAAUUCGAUGAUGACGCCAUUGGGACUGUUCCUCAUCAUGAUCACACAUAUGCCUUCAAGACCCUUGAGAAAGGCAUUAUUUACUUCUUCUAUCGAUCUCGAGUUGAUGUCGGUAGUGCUGGCACAUGUGGAGUUCAUGACGUUGCAAGGACCUUUAUUGUUCUGCGCCCUAACCCGUGCAACGAAACAUUAGAUCAACAAGAUGGCACGUACAGAAUUGGCGACAAGUUUCGACUAAUAGUUGUCCCCAAAAAGGUCCUCCCACAAACUCCUUACAUGAGAGAGAUGGGCUUUGUGGACAAGGCUGGGAUAACUCUAGAAGAACUUCGGGGUUCAUUCAUCGCUGGAGUGAAUUAUGAGACCCAGACUCGCGGCUCGAGGACUGUACCUGAAGCAAGGCUGUACGCGAGAGGCCUCUAUUCCAUAACUUCAGCACAACAUGGAUCCUAUCUGAACUAUUUGCUCACGCACCCUGAGCAUAUCGGUCCUGUCCAGACUGACUUUGGCCUUCGAAAGCGAGGAAGGUGGCUUGUGCAGUCAAAGAAUCCAGAUGCUAGCAGUCCCAUAUCUGUCAAUCUUCCUCACAAGCCAACAUAUCCUAAAAGUUUUGAUGAAAUAUUCGGCAACUACCGCUGGGUGCCGUUGCAACCUAAAUUGAUUGAUUACCCCAGUGCCCAAAUCCUCCUUAUCGGGCAAAAUGUUCGACAAGUCUCCUUUGAUGUCCCUGUGGUCAAGCAUGAAUCCAUGGAGACCCCAGAUAAGCAGAUAGAGGAACUGGUCCAUUGGAGUGAUGAGAUGAACAAGGCACAGCCAGCUUAUGACUUGAUUUACGGAUAUCUGGGCUUAGAGGUUGAUCAUCAUCUCAAAAUUUCCACGAUGUGGGAUCAACGAUAGUCCUAUGGUAUUCAUAUGUCUCUUUUUGCCACCACAUCUUCGGGCAUUACUGACUUCAUUGCCUUUGGUGCUAUAUAAUAGUAAGAACGCGAAACUCAACUCGGGAGGCCUAUAUGGAAAACGCUUCCGAAUCCGUGUAUCUUGAUGCCGCCGGUGCCUGGUAAUUUGUGAUCAACACGCCAGGUAUUUAUCCAGUACAAAUUGUACACGCUAUGCCCUGGAAUAUACCGGUGCUGCCAGCAGUGUGACUGGGAUAUUCGCCCCUGGGGAAAUGGUGCUAAAGUACAUGAACUUAUAUUGGUAGCAAAUAAAUUCCUGGCAAACUGUACCACUCGUUUCACCCACAAUAGGUAGACUCAUUCAAAUCAUAUCGGAUCCGCAAAAACUACAGAUAACAGACAGCGGUGUUCUAGAAAUUUUGCAAGCUCAUCCCGCAAUAGCACCACGACUGAGUACAAGUCGGUGUCAAUAGGAAUGCCGCUUGCCGUUCGCACUUCUCGACCUCACUCUAAGCCCAUGGCUAUGACUACCUUUCUGCAUAUGAUAUCUCGUAU